AUGGCGGACGAGUUUACAUCAGAUGUUUGGGUUGGAAGCGAAAUUGGCUAUUUAAAAGCGGUUGAUUUGCAAAAGAAGUCGUUCAAUAAUGUGGCUGGUCCAACUUCUGAGUCAGACGUUAAAAAACCAGAGGAAAUAUGCAGGAUGUGCUGGAAGAACUCUGAACAAAAUCAGAUGAUUCUAGGACUAYGCAAUGGCCUUCUGAAGACCUUUGAUGUCGAUCAAAAUACAUUUAUUACUGAAAGAGACUGUGAAGUACAAGAGAGUCAUCUCGUUGGACUUUUCUGUAAUGACAGAUCAACAGUGACCUGCACAGAGUCUGGAGUGCUGAGAACCUGGGAAGAAAAUGGAUCCCCGAUUAAUAUCAGAGUUGGUGAUCAUAUUUCAAUAAUGUGUAACAACCAACAAAACCCUCACCAUGUCGGUACUGGAGGUAAAGAAAAUAACCUUAAGAUCUGGGACCUGAUUAGAGAUGGAGAAAACAUCUUCAAAGCAAAAAAUGUCAGAAACGACACAUUGGACUUGCGUGUGCCAGUGUGGGUCACAUCCCUUGGCUUUCUCCCCAGUAAUACGUCAUCAUCAAAAGUCAUCACAGGGACAGGAUAUCACCAAAUACGACUGUACGAUACUGCUGCCAAGAACCGACCUGUCAUGUCAGUAGAGUUUGAAGACUGUCCUAUUUCUGCUCUGGCUGUCACAAACCAAGAACAUGAAGUGAUAAUAGGGAAUACUGCUGGUACAAUGGCAGCACUUGAUCUAAGGAAAGCUGGGCAGGUAGUUGGACAUUUCAAGGGUUUUGCUGGAGGGAUUCGCUGUAUUGAAUACUGUGAGGAAAGUGGACAGGUUGCAGCCUGCGGUCUCGACAGAUUUUUACGUGUUUAUGAUGUCAAGUCACGCGGAUUAUUACACAAGGUUUAUCUCAAAACAAGACUAAACUGUUUAUUAUUCUCAAGCAAAGAUACGCAACAUCAGGAUAAAACUACGAUAUUAAACGAAGAAUGCGAUGCAAAAACUAAAAACAGUGACAUUAUUCGUAAACGAGAAAGAACGAACGAUGACGAAGAUGACGAGGUGGAUCGAUUAUGGGAAAGUAUGGAAGUUGUGGGGAGUGAAAAAGAAAAAAAGAAAAGAAAAUCGUCUAAAAAAAAGCCAAAGAACUGACACCUUGAAUUAAGGUAGACAUAAAUAAAUAGAAAGUGUUUUACAUAGUGGUAGAAAUAAUGUUAUGGAAACGAUACGACAUUUUUUUCUUAAUUCAUAUUAUCGUAACCGGUUCCAGUGCAUUUUACCUAAAUGCUUUGCCCCAGUUUCGUGCGAUAAAUUUGAUGUAUAUGAAAGCUCCACACUUGUUCACGCAAGACCCAAAAAUAAGUUUGCGUGGAAAAUAUAGAGUUUUCGCUUGCUGUGAGAUACAUGAACCUUUUUAAUAGUGUAUUCACGUCUCAAAUCUGAAAUAUUUGUCCAAUAUUUUCUACAGUGUAAAUACUACUUAUUGCUUCUGUAAGCUGAUCAAAACUCGAGAAAUCAAUUCUUUGAUGUACUGUGCUUUGAGUUAGUUUGAUAAUUCUUCAGUUUUUUUGUUUUCUUCCAUUUUGAUGAGUUUCCUCUCAAAUUUCUUGUCCAUGGAGAAAGAUUGAUACGAAGCUGGGUACAAAUAGGGUCGAGCAACAGUACCCGGGCAUCUCUGGAACACAUCGGAUUGUUUGGUCGUCUCUUUGUAGAUGAUAAACUUUCCAGUCUCUUCGUUGCUGUAAAACACCAGCACUUCUCCUUCUUCCCACGUGGGGAUGUUGCUGGGGGGAUGUUCGGGCAAGGAGUAGGGAGAGGGAUCGGGCUCCUCACGUCUGCCGUUACACCAUCCCCACUUGUCGCUGGUGAAAUCCAUCAUUACCCCUACUCUCACCACCGCGUACUCGUUAUACGAUACUCUUUUGAUCUUCCACGAGUAUUUGCCUCCGACUACACUGUGAUGCCAAGAUGGGGCCAUUCCGUACGGUGCUUGGAUCUGAGCGCAACCCAACUCUUUGGCCUUUUCGCCAAUCCCGAGAGGACCUUGCACCUUCCACAUCAGAUUACCGGACAGUGGUUUGGCAUUGACAGUCACUUGUAAGUAAUAAUCACCCUGUCGUUUUGGUUUGUAUUUGAAAGAGUGCGUGCCAUCAUUGUUAUCUUGGACCUUGAUGUCUUCAUAUUGACCGCUUUGACUUGUUGCUUCAUCGUACUCGUGUUCAAACGACGAUGUUGGUGGAUUAUCAUCGUUGUGUGAUGGAACUCGAAUCGAGACUCGCACAUCCUGCCCACCAAUCCUAACCUGAAUUCCAUCUUUAUCUUUGAGCGUGAUAACGAAGCCAUGGCACUGGUUCACAAAGGUAUUAUAAAGAACUCCUUCCUCGCCUCCUGCUAAGGACACAGUGGCUCUAACAGUAUCACUCUGAACCCUAAACUCGCUCAAAAACUCACUCACGUCAACAGAAUGAAGAUAGAAGUGCCACCAAACUUCUGAACACUUUUCUACUUUAAUCUCACUGAGCUCCUCGAGUCGGUCGCAGAUUUUAGUCUUCAUCAACAACAGUUCUUUUUCGUUGCCUUCUUCCAUCGUUUGUUCGGUAAAAUCGAUGGCUGUGGCAAGACUGGAUGUUGUCGUUGAUAAAUUUUCUUUCUGGAAUACAAUUUGCUUCAUUUUUUCAUUCUUCAGACUGUCGACACCAGCCUUCAAUUCAAUUCUUUUCUUCUCCAGAGCUUUGGCAAGUUUUUGGAAGUGUUCAUCAAUGGACAGCUUGGUGUCAUGAGCACUUUUCGCCACCAUAUCUUCCAUCACUUGAACUUUUUUCAUUUCUUCUGUAAAGUUUAACAUUUUAACCUUACAUCGAACCAGAAGCCAGUCGAUAACUCUUCUGUGCGUCUUCAAGGCUUUCUUUACUUCAAUGCAGUCAUCCUUGCUGUGAUACUGCAAGAUGCAUUCCUUGCAGAAGAUUUCUUUGCAGUCUCGACAAUAAAUGGUCUUCUCUUCGGCAUGCUCGAUGCAAACUUUUGAGGCAGAACUCGUACCAUAUGGUACGGUCUGGGGAAGAGCGUCUUUGUGGUUGUGUUUUUGAAGACAUGAAAAGCACAAAGGCAUGUCACAGGUCUCACACUUUGUAGCCGAAUCGUUUUCACCCCUCAAUUCGCACGCAAUACAAACGAUAGAUCUUUCCAAGUACGUCUUUUUCCGUCGGUUUUUCUCCAUGAUGUCUAAGAUGUUGUUAAUGAAGAAAUUUGACUCCAAGGCCUCUACAUUCCCAUCUGGAACCUGAAGUGUGAAAAUAAAGUCUAUUUAGUAUAAGUCACUAGCAGUCUAUCUUCAAUGCUCCGUUCUGAAUGGAUGAGAUACUACUAGGCUAUAAGUUAUUUCCUACUAGUACAUACACACCUAUAUAUAUAUAUACAUACACUUUAUUGAAAGUCGAAUUUUAGAGUAGCUUAGUAUACAAGCAUAUUUCUUCGAGAGAAGAUAGCGAAAAGUGCCGGCUUUGAAAACCAAAACAUUGAAAUUGACUUUAAUUCAAAACUUGUUGUAUUUAACUAAAACAAUUAGUCCUUUUGCCAUAAUGGGCUAUUAAGCUAUUGACUCAAUAUCCAUUUGGGCUUGAGGACUAAUUGUUAAUAAUUAAUGGAAACUGAAUGGGUAUGCAUUGAAAUAUAUUAAAAUAAGUGUAAGAUGAAAUAGUGUUUCUAUAAAAAGCAGUUUGAAGUCUCGUCUCAUCUUGACUUGUCGUCCGCCUAUUCUUGUCAUCAAACAGUUUUAAUUGAUAACAAAAAAAGCUAUUAAAAUUAAUUUCGCUCUA